GAUCUUGCACAAUCCAUGGGUAGCGAAGAGUUAAGUAUGGAUGCUCCUGCCCCAUCUGCUGACUCCGUCCAAUCACGGCACGGUUUCCUCUUCCUGCUUUCCAGGAUGGCGUCCGCAGACCUGAGAGCCGAGCUGAGCUGCUCCAUCUGCCUGAGCAUUUUCACCGACCCCGUCACGCUGAGAUGCGGGCACAACUUCUGCCAACUCUGCAUUGGCCAAGUGCUGGAUACCCAAGCCGAGUCCGGCGCGUAUUCCUGCCCCGACUGCCGGGAAGGGUUUCACAAGCGCCCUUCCCUGCACAGGAACCUGGCUCUACGGAACAUAGCGGAGCGGGUCUCGUCCGCCCAGUGCGAUUGGCAGGAUUCUGGGAUCUUCUGCUCUUACUGCAUUCAUUCUCCUGUGCCCGCUGCCAAGUCCUGUCUGCUGUGUGAAGCUUCUCUGUGCCACGACCACCUGAGGGUGCACAGCAAGUCCGAGGAGCACGUCCUAAGCGAUCCCACCGCCGCCCCAGGAAACAGAAAAUGUGCCACCCACAAGAAACCACUCAUGUAUUACUGUAAAAAGGACGGAGAAUGCGUUUGCUUGUCCUGUUGCCUAAACGGAGAGCACAUGGGUCACCGCGUGGACCUAAUGACCGAAGCCUCCGAGAAGAAGAAGAAGAAACUGUGCGCCAUCAUGGAAGAACUCAGGGCAAGCAAAGACCAGACCGAUACAAGGGUCAAGAGUUUGCACGAACAAAAGAAGCAAAUGCCCAAAAAAGUGGAAACUCUACAAAGAGCCGUCAACGAUUUGUCUAAAGAUCUCAAGAGGCAGCAGGACGUCCUGAAGAAGACCGUCCUGAACGAAAUCGCCAGACAGGAGAAGCAAAACGCAUCAUCGAUCGAUCAUCUUAUCCAGCAGCUGGAGAUAAAGAAAGUGGAGCUGUCCAGGAGGCUGCAUCACAUUGAGGAGCUGUGUAAUGUGACCGAUCCGGUGACCAUCCUACAAAACCCGGACACAGAAGACUUCGGUGAUCUAGACGCCGAGAACAUGGUCCUUCCUGAAGAUGUUUAUGUGGAAAAGGAUGGCGAGAACGUCGCUAAGCUUGCCGACGCCGAAGGCGACCUGGACGAAGGAAUCAUCUCAGUGAUGUUACACAAAGGUUUAUCUGAUAUAAUGACUAACACAAGGCAAGAUUUCCGUACAAUGUGGGAGUCGGACAUAACGCUGGACGUCCGCACAGCUUCCAACAACGUCCACAUCUCAGGGGAUCAGAAAACCGCCUCGUGGUCGCAGAAAUCUCAAGGCCGCCAAGAAACGCCAGAAAGAUUUCAGAGCUUCAAAGUUCUGAGUUCUACAAGGUUCCCCUCCGGUCGGCACUUCUGGGAAGUGGAAGCUAAUAAGAUCGGGAACUGGAGAUUAGGCGUGGCCUAUGCCAGUAUUGACAGGAAGGGAGACCGGUCAAAUAUUGGAAACAACGACAAGUCUUGGGGUUUGAGGUGGUGCAGUAAUCAGCUCUCUGCGAGAUACGAUUGUAAGGAAAUCAGCCUAUCGCCUAAACUCCAAAGCAACUCCAUUGGAAUAUACUUGGAUUAUGAGGGAGGAGAGUUGUCCUUUUACGACAUGUGUAACCCCCUGAGACACUUGCACACCUACAAGGCCAGUUUCACCGAACCGUUGCACGUUGUGUUUGCUUUAUGGAACAAUGCCUGGUUGAAGGUUUAGGUUACAUGAUCCUGUGAUGAAUAUCAGCAAUUAGCUUUACCUUAUAAUACCCACUGCCUUAGGAGACCACAAUUUAUGACCGAUGUGAUGUUUCCUCUUGGAUUUCGGGACAAGGUGCGUGGCCAGUUUGACUCAGUUCAUGUUUCCUCUUGGACGUCAGGACAAGGUGCGUGGCCAGUUUGACUCAGUUCAUGUUUCCUCUUGGAUUUCGGGACAAGGUGCGUGGCCAGUUUGGCUCAGUUCAUGUUUCCUCUUGGAUUUCAGGACAAGGUGCGUGGCCAGUUUGACUUAGUUCACGUUUCCUCUUGGACUUCGGGACAAGGUGCGUGGCCAGUUUGACUCAGUUCACGUUUCCUCUUGGACUUCGGGACAAGGUGCGUGGCCAGUUUGACUCAGUUCAUGUUUCCUCUUGGAUUUCGGGACAAGGUGCGUGGCCAGUUUGACUCAGUUCAUGUUUCCUCUUGGAUUUCGGGACAAGGUGCGUGGCCAGUUUGACUCAGUUCACGUUUCCUCUUGGAUUUCGGGACAAGGUGCGUGGCCAGUUUGACUCAGUUCAUGUUUCCUCUUGGAUUUCGGGACAAGGUGUGUGGCCAGUUUGGCUCAGUUCAUGUUUCCUCUUGGAUUUCGGGACAAGGUGCGUGGCCAGUUUGACUCAGUUCAUGUUUCCUCUUGGAUUUCGGGACAAGGUGCGUGGCCAGUUUGACUCAGUUCACGUUUCCUCUUGGAUUUCGGGACAAGGUGCGUGGCCAGUUUGGCUCAGUUCACGUUUCCUCUUGGAUUUCGGGACAAGGUGCGUGGCCAGUUUGGCUCAGUUCAUGUUUCCUCUUGUAUUUCGGGACAAGGUGCGUGGCCAGUUUGACUCAGUGCUGAAUCUAGCCCCGAAAAAGCUCUAAAAACAUAAAAGAUUAGGCUAAACUGUGAAAUCCGGGUUUAUCUUGAACAUAUCUACUCAGCUGUAAAAUCCAGGUAAACGAUUGAUGGCUGCUUUAGACUUCUUUCACACUUGUUCGACCUGAAAUUUGCCGCGAUUUUGAUGCAACUUGAAGCAAUACCUGUGUAAUCUUAAGGUCUAUGGACCUCAGGUCACAUCAAAGUCGGGCCAACGCAGUGCAGGAACUACUUUAAAGUCGCACAGGUAUGAAUGAUACUCAUUGGAAAUCAUGGGGUACGACUUGUCAAGUGUGAAAAGGGCCUUAAGCUCUCAUUGAUGAAAAGUAAAACUUUUUUAUUGUAAAUAUUUAGUGUCUAUAGUUCAGUGAAAUGGAGACUGUCUUUUAAGAUCCAUGGGUGCUUAUAUGUUUGGUCCGCCCAAAAUCAAUAUUCCAGUUACAGGUUGACAUUGGUGGCCUAUAAAUUAGUGAACCGAGAAAUGUCUCCCAAGACAUAAAAGUUCUUAAAGGGACAGUCCACCCAAAACCAAUAUUCCAGUUGCAGGUUGACAUUGGUGGCCUAUAGCCUAGUGGACCAAGCCUCAAAAGUUCUUGAGGAGUCAGUCCACCCAAAGCCAAUAUUUUUUUGGGUGGCAUGACACUUAAGUACAUCACCGUCUCACUAUGUCUGUGUCCCAAUGAGGAGAUUUCCCCUCACUUACUGUUCUGGAGACAACAGGAAGUGAGAGGAAAUCUCUUCAAACUGAGGGAAAUUCCCUCUUAGUUGUCACCAGAUCAAGUGUCCCCAUUUUUCCUGCUUUGGUGACAACUCAAAAUCUCAACAGUGGUCACCAGGACAAAUAUAGAGGGCGUUUUUUUCCUGGUGCGUGUCCCGUCCACAAAUUCAGGCCCCCUUCCUGCACUAUAACUGUAAAAUGUUUACCACAAAGACUUUGGGGGGGGUGUAUUUAUGAAAAAUAAAAUAAAAAUUGCAGAGUUAUUCAUCCUUCGAAACGGCAUGUUCUUUGUGAAAUGUGCACCGAAAACGAAUGUUAACAGUCUAUUUUCACUCCAGUUUGAAUGUGAUUCUUCUUCAUAGUGAAGUGAAUCAGGAAAAUAGCACCUUAGGGCCACUAGAUGGAGCUGGUGACCACGGAUUUUUUUUUUACUAGAAUGGUCAGCUCCCCCUAGUGGCCAUGAUGCAGUAUUUUCCCGAUUCACUCCAUUAGUAUGGAAAAAAAAAAACAUUUGACCUGGAGAGAAAAUAGCCAAUUAAAAUGUGUUCUUGGCUCAUAUUGGACAUGCAGUAUCACAUGACAAAUAACUUUUUUUUUUUUUUUUUUAUAAAUACGCUCCAUAGUUUUGACUUAAAAGGGGCCAUCGUGCUUUCUUUUGAUUUCUUGCUGUAAUACUUGAUUCUUUGUUGUAAAAUGUGUCGGAAAAGAACAAUAAACUUUCACGAUUUAUCAGCUUA